AGCAGGAGGGUUUUCUUUUUUCUUCUUUUCUAACUGCUUAUUCCUAUUAAAGUAAGCAAUGCACAAGGCACCACCAACCAAAUUUCCCUGCAAUUACUCUGCUCAAACUUAAAAAAAAAUAAAGACUUUGCUCCCUGUCUCGUGGCUUAAAAACUCAACCCAGUACCUUUCUCACCAUCAUUAAGUUACUGAACUCACAUCCAUUACCCCAAAACUUGAAGAACAUUCAUGGAGAUUUCUUCUUCUUCUUCUUCUAUUGCCUCCUGCUCUUAUCCCACCACCUGUAAAAGAAAAUACGAUGUUUUCCUUAACUUCAGAGGUGAAGACACUCGCAUCAAUUUUACAAGCCACCUCCAUGAUGCAUUACUCAAAAACAAUAUUCUAACCUUCAUUGACAAUGAACUUGUGAGAGGUGAAGCACUUUCUCCAUCACUUCUAAAAGCGAUUGAAGAGUCCAAAAUCUCAGUAGUUAUCCUCUCAGAAAAUUAUCCCUAUUCCAAAUGGUGCUUAGAGGAACUUGUAAAGAUCCUUGAAUGCAUGAAAAUUAAUGGGCAGAUGGUUAUACCCGUGUUUUACAAGGUUGAUCCAUCCCAUGUUCGUAAUCAAACUGGUAGUUUUGCAGAUGCAUUUGCGAGACAUGAAGAAUCUUUGUUGGUGACCGAAGACAAAGUGAAGAGCUGGAGAGCUGCCUUGAAGGAUGUUGCUAAUAUUUCUGGCUGGGAUUCACGAGUCACCAGUCCAGAGUCUGAACUUAUCAAGAAAAUAAUAAGAGAUAUUUGGGAAAAUUUGAAUUUAAUGUCCUCAAGUUACAGUCCCAGAGGUUUUGUUGGCAUUCAGACGCGGAUCAAACAAAUUGAAUGUCUAUUGUGCUUGAAAUUAUCAGAUGUUAGAAUUGUUGGAAUAUGGGGAAUGGGUGGCAUUGGUAAGACCACUCUUGCUAGAGCUAUAUAUGAUAAAAUCUCUCAUCAAUUUGAAAGUAGUUGCUUUCUUUCAAAUAUUAGAGAGCAAUUGGAAAGAUGUACACUACCUCAAUUACGAGACGAACUUUUUUCAUCGUUGUUAGAGAAAGAAAUUCUAACUCCAAGUACUCUUAAUUUACGGUUGUCUUUUAUAAAGGAUCGGCUAUGUCGUAAGAAAGUUCUUGUUGUUAUCGAUGAUGCGGAUAGUUUAACACAAUUGCAGGAGCUAUUAUUAGAGAGUGAGCCUGAUUAUUUUGGUUCUGGAAGUCGAAUUAUCAUAACAAGUAGGGAUAAGCAAGUUCUCAGGAAUAUUGCCAGAGAUAAAAUUUAUACAAUGCAGAAAUUGAAGAAUCAUGAAGCUCUUCAGCUUUUUAGCUUGAAUGCCUUUAAGCAAGACUAUCCCACAAGUGCUCGUUGUAUAUUGCAAUCAGAAAGGGUGAUAAAAUAUGCAAAAGGCAAUCCAUUGGCUAUUAGAGUUUUGGGUUCUGCAUUAUUUAACAGGAGUGAAGAAGAUUGGGAAAGUGCAUUGGAAAGAUUAGGAAAAGUCCCCAACAAAGAAAUCGAUAAUGUUCUGAGAACAAGUUAUGAUGGACUAGAUUCUGAUGAGCAAAAUAUAUUUCUUGAUAUUGUUUGUUUCUUCAGAGGAGAACAUCGAGGUCUCGUAACCAAAAUAUUGGAUGGCUGUUAUCCUUCCGCGCAUAUUGUUAUAACCACUUUAAUUGAUAGGUCUCUCAUUACUGUUUCUUAUGGCUAUUUGAAGUUGCAUGAUCUGUUACAAGAGAUGGGCCGAAAUAUUGUUCUCAAUGAAUCAAAGAUACCUGAAAGUCGUAGCAGGUUGUGGAUUCCUGAAGAUGUCUGCUAUGUGUUGAAGGAAAACAAGGGAACUGAAGUAAUUGAAGGCAUAUCACUGGACAUAUCAAAGGCAAGAUCAGAGCUUCGCUUAAGAAGCAACACUUUUGCAAGGAUGUCUCGUCUUAGAUUUCUCAACUUGUACCGGUCACCACAUGAUAGAGACAAGAAAGAUAAGCUGCAACUUUCGCUUGAUGGCCUUCAAACUCUUCCCACUGAAUUGAGGCAUCUUCACUGGAGUGAAUUCCCUCUGAAAUCUUUACCAUCGAGUUUCACUCCAGAAAAUCUGGUAGUGCUUAGUCUACCUGAUAGCAAACUUAAAAAGCUCUGGACAGGAAUACAGAAUCUUGUGAAGUUAAAAGAGAUAGACCUUUCGGGAUCCGAAUAUUUGUAUAGAAUUCCAGAUCUUUCAAAGGCCACAAAUAUUGAGAAAAUCGAUCUCUGGGGCUGUGAAAGUUUGGAGGAGGUUCACUCCUCCAUUCAAUAUCUUAACAAACUGGAAUUUCUCGAUAUCGGAGAGUGUUAUAACCUGAGGAGACUUCCUGGAAGAAUUGAUUCGGAGGUUCUGAAAGUUUUUAAAGUAAAUGAUUGCCCAAGAAUAAAAAGAUGUCCACAGUUUCAAGGAAAUCUGGAAGAAUUAGAAUUAGAUUGUACUGCAAUAACUGAUGUGGCAACAACAAUCUCAUCAAUUCUAAUUUCUUCAACACUUGUUCAAUUAGCUGUUUAUAAUUGCGGGAAACUCUCAAGCCUACCAAGCAGCUUUUAUAAAUUGAAAUCACUCGAGUCACUUGAUUUAGACAACUGGUCAGAACUUGAGAGCUUCCCAGAAAUCUUGGAGCCUAUGAUUAAUCUAGAGUUCAUUACUUUGAGGAACUGCAGAAGGCUAAAGAGGCUUCCCAAUAGCAUCUGUAAUUUGAAAUCUUUGGCAUAUCUUGAUGUAGAGGGAGCUGCUAUUAAAGAGAUACCAUCUUCCAUUGAACAUCUAAUUCUGCUUACAACUUUGAAACUCAAUGACUGCAAAGAUCUUGAGAGCCUUCCAUGCUCUAUCCAUAGACUUCCUCAAUUGCAAACAUUGGAGUUAUACUCAUGCAAGAGUCUCCGUUCCUUACCAGAGUUUCCACUAUCUUUGUUAAGACUACUUGCAAUGAAUUGUGAAUCACUGGAGACCAUAUCAAUCAGCUUCAACAAACAUUGCAAUCUCAGAAUCCUGACAUUUGCGAAUUGCCUGCGAUUGGAUCCGAAGGCACUCGGGACAGUGGCUCGUGCAGCAAGCUCUCAUACAGACUUUUUUUUGCUUUAUCCGGGGAGUGAAAUUCCAGGAUGGUUCAGUCAUCAAAGUAUGGGAUCCUCAGUUACCUUACAGUUUCCUGUCAAUUUGAAACAAUUUAAAGCCAUUGCUUUCUGCGUUGUCUUUAAAUUUAAGAUACCACCAAAGAAGUCAGGUGACUAUUAUUUCAUCGCCCGGUGUGUAGAAGACUGUGACAAAGCUGUAUUCCAGCCAGCAAGGUUGGGUUCUUAUACUUUCAGUUUCGUCGAGACAACCCAUGUGUUAAUCUGGCACGAGAGCCCCGGAUACCUCAAUGAUUAUUCCGGCACUAUCUCUUCAUUUGAUUUCUAUCCCUGUAAGGACCAAAGGAACGGAGAAUUUGCAAAGUACCAAGUGGGUUACUAUCCCUGGAGCGACGAAAGGUACGGCGAAAUUACAAAGGACUGCAGAGUGAACAGAUGUGGCGUAAGUCUGAUACAAUAAUGCCAGCACUUUGAACAAGCGCUGGUCUUCGUAUGAAAUCCGAAAGCAAGAGCCAAGAGGGACACGCUUUUGUGUCAAAAUUGUGGUUACUGAAAAAUCAUUUCCCCAUAAGUUCAACGGAUUUACUUAAAAUUAAUAUUAUAAUGUAAUUAAUAUAUAAAUUAAUAAAAUUUUAUCAUCUUAUAGA